ACUACACUCACAUUCGACCCAUCAAUCCAACGACAACCACAAGCCGCCUGAACAACCUCAGACGACAUCAGAAAUGGGCAAAAAUGGGAAGUUUGGCAAAAACUACGGCAAAGUGGUUGGGAAACCGGGUGACGGUAGACCUGAGUGGAAGGGCCCCGCAUAUGUGAAGAAGACCGCUCCAUCAAAGUCAAAGGCCAUACCGACGAUCGACGAAGAAGACGAAUAUGAACCAAACGUUCCAAUAAGAAUACAACAGCUUCUUCUGGAUAUUUUCAGAGGUUCGCUCCAUACUGUUCUUGUAUCUGACCAACUACAACCCAUACUGCAAGAAAUUAAAACUGCGCUUUUCGAAAGGCAAUUCGUUCGUGCGUUCGCCAAGAAGGAGCAUCUUGAGGCCUACGCAGCACGAUGGAGUCCAAGUCGCUCGCUCUGCUAUCAGUCCAUUCUGAUCGACAUAGAAGAACACCUGACUGAGAUGGCUAGUUUGGAAGCGGACGUCAAACCAAAAACAGCCUCAACUCAGUGUCUCAACGCCAUCUCAUUUGGAGGCGGAGCAGCAGAAGUGAUGGCGUUUGGUGGUUAUGCUCGUAGCUUGCGAGACGCUGCGAUCGCCGAAAACACUUCAAAUGGAGAGCCUUUAAGUGGGUCGUCAAUUAGUUCAGUCCCAGGUAUCAAUUUGUUACUGGUAGAUUCAGCUGCGUGGGAAGAGGUAGUGAAGAAGCUACACGCUGGACUUACCGAACCACCGCCACUAUCAAAAUAUGCCAGCGCAGCUGCAAAAGCAGCAAACAAGUCGCUUAUCGACGCCGAAUCGCUAAACCCUGAAUUCCAUGUGACAGAUGUGUUGAGCAUGUCAUUGGACCAAGUCCAAGAGCUUGUUGGGGACACGCCCAAAUUUCUUAGCUUACUCUUCACCUUGAACGAGCUAUAUACGGAAUCGAUCAGCAAGACUACGGCAUUUCUUCUGAAUCUCACAAUGGCCGCCCAAAAGGGAUCGUUACUACUGGUUGUCGAUAGCCCUGGGAGCUAUUCUAUGACAAAAGUCGGAACAGAGGAGAAGAAAUACCCUAUGUAAGUUUCUCUGUAGCACAUCUUCUCCUCAAAGUUCAGUAACGAUUGAUCUUGGCGUGGCUUCUUAUGUAAGGGAUACCGCAGCUUGGGGCGGUUUACAUGAUUCAAGUUCGCUUUCGUGGAAAUUCCUACUGUUUUCUGUCCAUUGGAAUACUAAUUCUCAAAAACAGGAAAUUUCUCCUUGACCACACAUUACUCGAGACCCAAAAAGUCAAAGAGGAUGGCGAUGAUCGCAGGAGAGAAAGCCCCCCAGACUGGGUAAAGCUGGAGUCUUCAGAUGCAAGAUGGUUUCGUCUACCUGCAGAACUUCGCUAUCCUAUACCACUGGAAAACAUGCGGUAUCAAUUACAUCUCUACCAACGAAUAUGAUGAUGACAUCCGUCGUUGGUGGAGACGUCUUACUUCAUAAGACUAGAACAGCGCAUGGGAAUUAGAGCGUAACUUACAGUGCGACGUAAGUAAGAAAUAGCAAAUAUUACCCGUGGCCAUCUAACAUUGCUCUAGGACAGUGCUUCAGAAACUAAUACUUAAUCGCGGUAGCGCAAAAGAUGACCACUGCACUGAGAAAACCCAUACUUUUUUUUGGCUAUGAGAACGAGGCUUGAGGUACAGUUGUGGUGGAUGGCGGUUGGUUGCGACCACUUUUUUAGAUUCGCUUCUAUCGAGGCCCAGGACGUUGCUGGUGAAUCAAUCCCGUUUACACACUUAACUUCCAAGGCACUUUACGACCACGGCACGUUACAGAAUCAUGGUUCAAAUUGGAAUUUCGGCUGUUGCGGGUUUCAUAAUAUCUCGGUGGAACUGUAAUAAUUUAUCACAAUAG